CUGAGAAAAUUUCUCAAAUGACAGAUUGACGUCACGAGUCACCCGUCCCAACAAUUCAGCGGAUUUUGACUAAUUUAAAUUUUGUGCAUUUCAAGGGAUUUUGUGCGAUUUGCAGUGCUCUUUCGGGUCACGAGUGCACAAUGCCCGGUGCUGCUGUACGCAGUGAUGCCUAGUUGGGGUCCCCUGUGCCUCCGUGGGGUGUAAAUAGUGUUUGCGCGAGAGUGCAGAGAAAAGGGAAAAAACUGUGUGUGUCGUGCGAAUCUGCCCAUUUUUCAACCUCCCUCGUCUUUCUGUGCGUGGCUGGAGGAUCCCCCGGGUUGUGUGCAGGUGGAUCUCUGGCCCAGGGUGCCCCCUUGAUGCGUGUACCCAGUGACGUGGGGAGUAGAGUGUCACAAUGGCUGUGCAACUCGAUCAGAAUGGGAAGGAUGAUUUAAAGACACAAUUUGUCACGAGGGAGGGCACCUAUCGGUUGAUGACGCUCUCCGAGUACUCGCGGCCAAAUCGUGUCGGCUACACCAACAACCAGAGCUCCCCGCAGGUCCGGGUGUCCAUUGUGUCGCUGCCGAGUCAUACAGCGCCCCAGCAGACGGCCUCACCGCCCCUCCAGGCAGCAACGCAGCCAGCCGCCUCCAUCGGCACCACCAACGGUCAGGAUGCGUCUGGCUAUGCACUGGCCACCACCGGCGGUGACCGGAUAUGCUACAACUUUGGCAAGGAGCUCUUCGUGUACGCCUACCGUGGCGUCAAGAAGCAAACGGCAGAUCUGAGUAAACCAAUUGAUAAGAAACUCUACAAGGGUACCAACCCGAGUUGCCAUGAUUUCAAUUCAACUAAUGCCACCAGCGAAGGUGCUCCCCUUCUUGUGGGCUUCACUACUGGACAAAUACAACUCGUCCAGCCUGGUCGCAGAGAACCUGGAAAAUUAUACAAUGAGGAGCGCCUAAUUGAUAAGACAAAAGUGACGUGCCUCAAGUGGCUCCCAUCGUCACCAAAUCUCUUCCUAGCCGCCCAUGCAUCGGGGCAUCUCUACCUAUACAAUGAGGAGCUCCCGUGUACGCCGACGGCCCCAAAUUAUCAGCAAUUCAAAAUGGGCGAGGGCUUUGUCAUCUACACGUGCAAGUCCAAGUCAACGCGCAAUCCCCUCUACAAGUGGUCCUUUGGUACAGACAAUGGAAGUAUAAAUGAGUUUAGUUUCUCACCGUGUGGCAGUAAUUUGGCCAUUGUGUCCCAGGAUGGCUUCUUGCGGGUCUUCCACUAUGACACAAUGGAACUGUUGGGGAUUGCACGAUCGUACUUUGGGGGCUUCCUGUGUGUGUGCUGGAGCCCCGAUGGGAAGUACAUUGUUGUCGGUGGGGAAGAUGAUCUCGUGACGGUGUGGUCAAUGCAGGAGAGGAGAGUUGUGGCACGGGGACAGGGGCAUAGAUCAUGGGUAUCCGUGGUGGCCUUUGACCCGUACACCACAUCCUAUUCCCACUGGGAUGGGCCGGAUUUCUCAGACGAUGAGAAUCCCAUCAAUGACGGGGGUUUUAGGAAUUUCAACACCACAGACGGUCACGAUAGUGAGACGCAAUCCGGACGACGGCCACCGUCCAGUGCGCGAGAUUCCGCAGCAGCGGAUAAGAUGGCCACGAGUUAUAGAUUGGGAUCAGUGAGUCAGGAUACUCAGCUGUGCCUGUGGGACAUCACAGAGGAUGUUCUACGGCAACCCGUGGGCAUUAGGCAUCGUCUUAGUUCCCACGAUCCUCAGCAGAAUCUCGUGAAUGGUGAAGUGGAGCACAAAGGGGCCUCAUCGUCGGCUUCUGGCUCAUCUGUAUCAUCUGCAAGCGCCGCUCUGACCAUCUCAAGUGGAGCAUCACGCGACAAUGUGGAUAAUUCGCGAUCUUCAAGCGGAAAGGGUGGUGUUGGUGGAACAGUGCCGGCCGGGAGGAAUGCAAACUCCCUGGCGAACGAUAGUGCCCCAGUGGCGACGAAUAGUGAUAGUAGUAAACAUUGGAACAGCGUGAGUGCAAAGAGUGCAAAGGGUGCGAAUGUGAUUGGGAAUUGUGUGGGGAAUAGUGUUGCGUCGAAGGCCACAGAUUCGCCGGAUGCGAAGAACGGGAGCAGCGGAAAGUCCUCAGAUGGGAUCUCAGCAUUCAAUACACUCACACAGAGACUUUCGCAUUUGGGCUUUGGGAGUGACAAGGCCAAAGAGCACGGGGGUAGUCAUCAUCAUAGCAAGAAAACCUUUAGUUUGUCCAAAUCAUCGGGGAAUCAUCAUUUUCUGCACAACAACAACAGCACCAGCAGCCCCGGGGAUACCACGAGCAAUGCCACGAAGCGUACAGCCACAACGGUUGCUGCCAAUGGCAAUGGGACAACUGAUGGGGAUGCCAGCAGUGGGAAUAGCAAUGUGGGUUCGUAUGAUCCAAUGAAGCUCAUUGGGACGUCAGCGUGUCCGCGUUUUGACGAAUGCCCCGUCUUGGAGCCGCUUGUGUGCAAGAAAAUUGCCCAUGAAAGACUGACGGCGCUCAUUUUUCGCGAGGAUUGCUUCCUCACGGCGUGCCAGGAUGGAAUUAUCUACACGUGGGCAAGGCCAGGAUUUUCGAACGCCCCACAACAUGCAAGUUCGAGUCCAACUGCGCCUCCCGGGGGGACGGUGGUUUAAUAGUGGAACCUUAAAGGAAUUUUCAUCUAUCUGAAUGAAAAAACUCCGUCAAGGAGGAGUUUAAAAAAAAUGGGCCUACGAAUAAAAUUCUCAUGCAAUUGGAAUACUAAUUAUAUACAAUACAUAUAGCGAAGCAACACGUGGCGUGAGUAAAUGAAGAAGAAAAAAACUUGUUUUAAAUUAAUAAAGAAUCGUGUUAAAAGAAAAGUGAAGCAGGAUGAAAAAAAAAUGUAAUGAGCAGUAAAUUAAAAAAAAAAUGAGGAAGAUUUGUGAAGUGAAACUGAUUUAUAUAGGAUACUAUUUAAAAAAAAAAACUCCAAAAAAUUAAUGAAAAAAAAAACAUAAAGAUUAUUAGUAGAAAAAAUUUUACACACACCAAAGAUAACAAAAAUCUUGUAAUUAAAACUAAGUUUACUGAAGAGAAAGAGAGAAAUGCGCGUUGAGGGUGAAUGGAGGAGUGAGAGAGAGAAAGUGAGAAGAGAAAAUAUUUAAUUUAAUGUUUUAAUAUUUUAAUUUUCAAUCUAAUUCUAAGAUUUUAAUUUUUACAUUAAUUGUUCAUUUAUUUUUAAAAACUUUCUUCAAGCUCUUUUAGCGAGUUUUUAAAGCAAAAGAACUGGCAUCGAAUUCCUACAAUAUUUAAUACUUUUUUUUUUUAGCUUUUCUUUCUGCAAAAGAAAUAUUUCUUUUUUAUCUUCCUGCAUAAGAGGCAUAAAAAACUGUGGAUUCUAUAAACUUUGAGGAUAUUUUCCCCUCCAAAAAAAAGCCACAAACUUGCGAACAAAUUCAACAGAUAAAUGAUUAUUUUUAUUGUAUCUCUUUAGAUUAAAAAAAGAAGAAGAAAAUAAUUUUACAAUUUACAAUAUAAAAGUUUAUUUUAUAAAAUUACUUUUUAUUUUAACUGUGAUUUAUUCUUAUAUUUACCUGCUUUUUUGCAAAAAACAAAAAAACAAACAAACCUAAAAGCCUUUCUGUGUAUUUUUUUUUAAAUUUUCAAACUGAAUCUUGAAAAUGUUUUUUUAAUAAAAACAAUUCUAUUUAGAAAACAAGAAAAAUCUGUCCAUCAAAGUAAAAAAAGAAAAAAAAUAAUAUAUCUCUGUACAAUUUAGUAAGAAAAACAAAUCAAUUCUUUCUUGUAAACAUUCCGACACUAAAAGUAGAACAAAAAAAAUUAAACCUAUAAUAAAAGGAAGGAAUGAUGAGCAAAAAAUAUAAUAAUAAAAUUAAACAAAAAAAAAUCUACUCUCACCAAGAAACUAAAAAGAAAAAUAAUAAAAAAGUGAAUACAAAAUUAAUAUUUUAGGGAAAAUAAGCAAGAUUAAAAAAAACACGUGAAGAGGAUGAAAGUCCUGAAAAAGAGUGAAAAAUAUAUUUUGAAUAAAUUAGCAAUUUUAAUGUUGUUACGUGCUGUUGUUUGAAUAAAAAAAAGUUAUUUUUAUUUUCUAUUGCGCUGUGCAGAGAAAUUAGAAAAAAAAAUAAUUCCUUGAUUCACUUUUUUAAUAAAAAAAAACGAAAGCAGCUUAUUUUUUUCUUAAAUCUUAUUUAUGUAAAAAAUGGUAAAUUUUGUAUGGAAAAGGAAAGAUGGAAAACAAAUUUGUAAGAAAAGAAAAUAAAUAAAAAAUAGAUAAAAGAAUGUAACUAUAAAACCUAUAAUGAUAACACAUUGAAUUAGAGAGUAUUUAAUGAAAAAAAAAAUCUUUUAAUUUUUAAAAAAAGAAAAUUACUAAGAAAAAGGAAAAAUAGUAAAAGAGGCAGUGAAAGAAUUAAAUUUAUUGACGAGAAAAAUCUGCAAAAUGCAAGAUAAAAAAAUAAAUGAAGCAAAAGUGAAAGAAAAUCAAAAGAUGAGUGAAGAAUCAUGGACAAAAGGAGGAAGGAUUUUUAUAUUUAAAUUUUACCAUUAAAAGGAGUAUUAUUCUGAAUAUUUUUUUUAAAGAAUUAUUUGGAUACCUAUGUUGGUUUUUUUCUAUUAAUUUUCAACAUAUUCUGACAUUUCGGAUCAAUAAUUACCAAAAAGAGUCAUAUUUGAGAUAUAAAGGUAGAUUCGGAUUCGAUUUUAGUAUUCUGGGAAAAAUCUUUAAAAAAAUUGAGAAUGAGGGAUGGUCAUGUUAUUUUGGAAAUUCUACAGGAAAAAAAGAGCCAAAAUGUGAAAAUUUCAAAUUUUUUUUUUUGAUUACAAAAAUUUAUUUUCUAAAUUGAAUUCUUAUCGGUAUUUGGCCAUUUUUAAGAGUGCAAGCAAAUUUCGAAGUUUUGGUUUCAAAAUUGGCUUGAAAAUUGCUCUUGAAAGUCCUCGAGUUUCCAAAAUAACGUGACCAUCCCCUAUUUGUUUUUUUUAAUCGGGUUUUUAAAGAAAAAUUACUUUUUCAGGGCUCUUUACAGAUCUUUCUGACUGAAUCUUUUUGAUUGAUUCUUGGAACAACAAAUUCUUUGUUUUUCUUUUAUAGAACGACAAUAGAACGGGUUAAAAACAUCAUCUGUGAAAAUCUUACAACACCUUUUAAGUUUUUAGAAAAGAAAAGAAGAGAUUUUUACCAAAAUCGACUCUAUAUUCCAAAAUACUCCGCUUUUAGAUUCAGUUUUGGUUAAAAAAUGUUUUCAAAGCUCCUAAAGACAAAGUCUGGAUAAUUUUUAAAUGAUUUUACUUUAAAAUUAUCUAAAAAAUCUUUUUUUUUAUUAAAAAUCCUUCCUCAAUAAAUCAGCAAAAUGAAUAAAAGUUGGAAAAGAUGUUUCUGUUGAUUUUCAUGCAAUAGUAUGAUUAGUACCUACCUAAUUAUGGUCUGAAAAUAAUGUUUUUAAAGAAAAAAAAUCGAAUAAUUUUAUAAUGCACAUUUCUGCUGACACGGUAUAAAAAAAAACAUUAAAAAAUACAUAUCCAAAAUUGUAAAAAAAAAAGAUUUCUAAAUUAUUAAUUUAUUGUGUAUACAGAAAAUUGGAGACUUUCAAAAUUAUAUUGACGAGUUUUUUUCAAUGAAUAAAAUGAAAGAAAAAAGUUUGCCAUUUUGUAAAUAAAAAGAAAUUGUGAAGAACAUGCAAAAUUAAGAGAAAAAAAUAAGAUUUUUUUUGAAAAGUAUAAAAUCAAGAUAGAAAUUUUCUGUAUAUAAAGUGCAUGUAAAUAAAUAAAAUAAUACGAUAAAUUUAAAAAAUUA